CACGCGCGUCCAAUGAGGGGCCGAGGAUGCGCAGCGCGAGGACGGAGCAGCCGACGGAAGGCUAAUAACCAUGCCAACCGAGGAAUAGAGCGCGCGGCACUGACUGGGGGAGAGAGAGAGAAAGAGAGAGAGAGAACAGAGGAGAACGAGAGGGGGGAAACCCUGAAAAGAAGAAAAAUCUUAAAAACCACGUUCGCGCGUAAAGUGGAGGACAGGGGACGAGGAGGAGACAUCCCGGCUUGCUUCAGGGGAGAGGAAGAAGAAGACAAGAAGGAGCUGCUAUGAUUCUCUCCCUGGCUGCAGUAGCAGCCAUGAGUAGCGGCGGCGGAAGCAGCCUCAACUCCUCCUCCCCACUCGACCCCUUCGACUCCUCCACCUCCUGGAGCCUGGGCGAGGACCCGUCCAACUCUUCCUCCGAGCCUGUCGUGAGAACUCUGACCCCCGAUCUCCAGCCAGCGACCACCGCCGUUGCUGUCCAGGAAGUCAGCCCCUGGGAUAUUGCGCUUUGCGUGACCGGGACGCUCAUCUCCUGCGAGAACGCGCUGGUCAUCGCCGUGCUGUUUUACACGCCGACGCUCCGCGCGCCGAUGUUCAUCCUGAUUGGGUCGCUGGCAGUGGCGGAUCUCCUGGCCGGCCUGGGCCUCAUCUUGAACUUUGUCUUCAUGUAUUUGGUGGACAGCUCAGUGGAGUACGUGACGCUGUUGUCGGUUGGACUGCUCAUCUCAGCCUUCUCUGCGUCCGUCUUCAACAUCCUCGCCAUCACAGUGGACCGAUACCUGUCGCUGUACAACGCCCUGACCUACCACACGGAGCGGACAGUCACCUUCACCUACGUGAUGGUGGUCCUCAUCUGGGUGUCGUGCCUCACGCUCGGCUUGCUCCCGGCGCUCGGGUGGAACUGCCUGAAAGACGAGUCCACGUGCAGCAUCUGCCGGCCCGUCACCAAAAACAACGCGGUGGCCCUCGCCGUCACUUUCCUUCUGGUCUUCGCCCUGAUGAUGCAGCUCUACCUUCAAAUCUGCAAGAUCGCAUUCCGCCACGCGCAGCAGAUCGCGGUGCAGCACCAGUUUGUGGCCAUCUCCACCACCAAAGGUGUCUCCACUCUGUCGGCCAUCCUGUGUGCCUUCGGGGCGUGCUGGCUGCCGUUCGCCAUGUACUCCAUCGUGGCCGACUCCAGCUACCCCGUGAUAUACACGUACGCCACGGUCCUCCCGGCCACCUGCUGCUCCGUGAUCAACCCCAUCAUCUAUGCUUUCCGGAACCCAGACAUCCAAAAGUCGCUGUGGAUGGCCUGUUGCGGGUGUGUCCCAUCCAACCUCUCCCUAAGACCCAGGACCUCCAGCGACGUGUAGCAGGGAAGGUUGGUGUCUGUUUAGCAAGAUGCUAGACGCCGAGUCAGGGUUGUCAGACGGAGAGGACGGGAACAAGGGUCUGCGUGGAGAAAGGUCGAAGGUUAAGGCUGAGGAAAGAGAUUUCCCUUCCUCAUAUCAGGGCGUGAAGGCUGGUGACGGAGGCUCAGCUGGCCAUUCUCAAAGUGGCACUGGCAGACGAGGAACAAAAGGACAGCGCUUGGUCAAGAGAAGACGAAACUUAUAAAGAUCAUGUUCUGUAGCGAUGGAGGAGGCAUGAAACCAACUGCAAAAGCCUGAUUGUGGUAUCCUUAAAGUGGCUGCGGAGGUCGGUCAGCUGACCACACGUGAGAAGUGCGGCCUACUACUUCUCAAGAGUAGCAUAUGUGCGAAGGUGAGAUUUAGAAAGAAAUGUACUAAAUCUCCAUAUAGGACCUGAGCUUGAGCAGCGCUGCAUGGUUAUGCAAUCAGAAGGAGUGGACCAGUCUUGGAAUAUGUGUUUUCACUGAUGUGUUUGAAAUUAAGUGGCGUGUGGGUAAAAAUACAACGAGCUAAAUAUACAAUGACCUUGAGUAUUCUCAAUGAGCUAUCUUUACGGUCUUCUCCUGAUAUAAAAAGAAGAAAGGAUGAGUAUUUGCUCCCUUCAAGCAUUCUUAGCAACUACAUUCCCUUGAUCUGAUGCAGAUUAUGCAGUUAGUAAGUGCAAGGGUAAUUAACUCAAUGCUAUUCAUGGUGUUACUACCGAGCCCAUAAUAGACUUUUCCCAAUGCCAACAGCACGGUCUGCAUUUUUAGAUUCAAGACAGCUGCAUAAGUUGGUGAAGAAUUUGUCGCAAAUUCCGAAAAACGCAACUUCUAAUCAUCACCCAUCACUCCUCAUACACACAUGCAUACAUAGCCCCUUCCUCCCCCUCGCGUUAAUUUGCAAAACCUAGAGAGGGUUUUCCAUAUAUAGACUGCCGUGUGUUGUCCUUGGUGCGAUCGAAUCAAACGCGCUCCGCAUCCGAGAGGAAUGGGUUUCUCAGCCCUGCCGCUGCGCCGUGACUGCGAAGCAGAGCGAGCUGAAUUCAGCACCAAGGACAGCGCCACUGCAGCGCCGCUACCCUGGGAAUGCUCUGUGCUGAGGGGGGAGAGAGAGGGCUGGAAAGUAGGCUACGCUGUUCUCUACGCACUCUCUCUACACCAUCUUGACAGAGAAUGCGAGACGGGGGGGUUUAAAGGACCAUUCCAUUUUUUUUUUUUUUUUUUUUUUACUCAUUUUCACUUUAUUCUGCGCCUCAUUGAGACACAAAACAAUGCUAAUGAAUAAUUCGACUGCCUUCAAUUAAAACUGUCAGUCAAACCUUCGUAUGAUCAACCCAGCAUCCCUGAAACGAAAUGCUAAAGCUUCACAUUAUACAGUCACAGCCCCAAUGAGUGGCUCAAAUUUUUACAUUUACAGAUAUUUACUUGGCACAAAUGGCAUCACAAAAGAAAAAAAAAAGAAAAA